AAGAUGGCCGCUGCCAUUCCGCAGCCACCGCCCGGGAGGUUAUCUUAGGCCCUGACGCUUCCGCCCGUUCCCGCGCCCCGCAGCCGCUGCCUUACCAUGAGGCCCGUAAGCCGCCGCACUCUCGACUGGAUUUAUUCCGUGUUGCUCCUCGCGAUUGUGCUCCUCUCCUGGGCAUGUGUCAUCUAUGCAUCAACGGUGGCCGCCCGCCGGCAGCUAAGGAAAGAUUACCCGGACGGAAGCUUCGGCAUGAGUGAAGAUUUGUGAUUACUCUGCAUUUCACCGUACACCGUUAUUAUUAUUAUUUUUUUACUUCAAACCGAUCAUCUAUUAAGAUGUAAAAGUAAAAAUC